AUGGCCUCUCCUCGUAAGUCUGAUCCCCCGUGUCUCACGGAAACUCGCCGAAACGCCACGUACGAUGCUGACAAUGGCGCCUCCCGCCUCCCAGAGAAGAUCCGCACGACGGUCACCGAUCUGUUCAAGAUCAAGCACCCGGUCAUCCUGGCCGGUAUGAACGUCGCGGCCGGCCCCAAGCUCGCCGCCGCGGUCACCAACGCCGGCGGUCUCGGCGUCAUCGGCGGCGUCAACUACACCCCGGACAUGCUGCGCGAGCAGAUUGACGAGCUCAAGUCCUUCCUCGACGACAAGAAGGCCCCCUUUGGCGUUGACCUGCUCCUCCCCCAGGUUGGUGGCAACGCGCGCAAGACCAACUACGACUACACCAAGGGCAAGCUCAACGAGCUCAUCGACGUCGUCAUCGAGUCCGGCGCCAAGGUCUUCGUCUCGGCCGUCGGCGUGCCCCCCAAGGCCGUCGUCGAGCGCCUCCACAAGGCCGGCGUGCUCUACAUGAACAUGAUCGGCCACCCCAAGCACGUGCAAAAGUGCCUCGACCUCGGCGUCGACAUCAUCUGCGCCCAGGGCGGCGAGGGCGGCGGCCACACGGGCGACGUGCCCACCACGAUCCUGAUCCCCGAGGUCGUGCGCCUCUGCAAGGGCAAGAAGUCGCCCCUCACGGGCGCCCCCGUCCAGGUCGUCGCCGCCGGCGGCAUCCACAACGGCCAGCUGCUCGCCGCCUCGCUCAUGAUGGGCGCCAGCGCCGUCUGGGUCGGCACCCGCUUCAUCCUGACCGACGAGGCCGGCGCGCCCGACUCGCACAAGGAGGCCGUCCAGACCGCCGGCUUCGACGACACCGUCCGCACCCUCAUCUUCACCGGCCGGCCCCUGCGCGUCCGCAAGAACCCCUACAUCAUGAACUGGAACGAGGAGCGCGCCCAGGAGAUCAAGGACCUGACCGCCCAGGGCAAGCUGCCCUACGAGGCCGACCUCGACAAGUUCAUGGCCGGCGAGAUCUCGGAGCCCCUCAUCAAGGCCGCCGGCAAGGACCCCAAGGACAUCAACCCCGACGAGAUCGACUUUGACGACCUCAUGGACGAGUUCAGGCCCUACCUCAUGGGCCAGUGCGCCGCCGUCGUCCGCGAGAAGAAGUCGGCCAAGGCCGUCGUCGACGAGUUUGUCAACGACGCCGCCGCCUGCCUGUCGCAGGGCAGCAAGCUGGUGGCCAAGUUGUAA